UCCCUUCCAUUAGGUGGCAGUAAUGAUCACCACAGUGGGCCACCGUUACAAAAAAAAGAAAAACGUGCUGGGCUGAAUAAAGCAACCGGACUGUUGCUUCAUGACGAUUUUAUGUAGUGGUACUUUAUAUUCUGUUAAAGGGAUUAUUCCUGCUGUGUAAUCCAGGAAUCACAGCUUUCACCUGUAGCAAAUGAAGGAAAAUAAGGAGAACACCACUCCUACCAUUCAAAUAACCAAUCUGGACCACAUUAAGCCAUGCUGGUAUUGGGACAAGAAGGACUUGGCACACACUCCAUCCCAGUCCGAGGGCCUGGACCCGGCCACGGAGGCACGGUACCGCAGAGAGGGAGCCAGGUUCAUCUUUGACGUAGGAACUCGACUUGGGCUACAUUAUGAUACCUUGGCCACUGGAAUUAUAUACUUCCACCGCUUCUACAUGUUUCACUCUUUUAAACAGUUUCCAAGAUAUGUGACAGGAGCCUGCUGCCUAUUUCUGGCUGGAAAGGUUGAGGAGACUCCAAAGAAGUGUAAAGACAUCAUCAAAACAGCUCGCAGCCUGCUGAAUGACGUGCAGUUUGCCCAGUUUGGCGAUGAUCCGAAGGAAGAAGUUAUGGUGUUGGAGAGGAUAUUGCUCCAGACAAUCAAGUUUGAUUUGCAAGUGGAGCAUCCGUAUCAGUUUCUUCUUCGUUAUGCCAAACAACUGAAAGGUGACAAAAAUAAGGUGCAGAAGCUGGUGCAGAUGGCCUGGACGUUUGUGAAUGAUAGCCUCUGCACCAUGCUUUCGCUUCAGUGGGAGCCAGAGAUCAUAGCCGUCGCAGUCAUGUACUUGGCUGGUCGCCUGUGUAAGUUUGAUAUCCAGGAGUGGACAUCCAAACAGUCGUCUCGCCGUUGGUGGGAGCAGUUUGUACAAGACGUCCCUGUGGAGCUUUUGGAGGACAUCUGCCAUCAAAUCCUGGACCUGUACUCUCAGGGCAAGCAGCCAAUUCCACAGCAGCCCCAAAUGCAGGAGAAAGACAAGCCACAGCCUUCUCCUACAGGCCUGCUCAGUCAACCAGGUGGAAACCCUGUAGCUCUGCCACCAUCCAAGAAGAAUUCUCCUCAGGCCAGCCCCCCACGGCAACUAAAACGGCAACACCCUUCUCCAAAAGAAGAGCCAAAAGUUGCCACAGAGCAAGUUGGUUCUAAAAUCCCAAGACUGGAGAGCCCAAUGCCUCCCCUACCAGUUAACCAGCCUCCUGAUCGCAAACCCCCACCUUCAGCCCCUGCCCCUCCUACAGAAGCAGAGCCAGCAGCCUCUGCUGAUUCAGACUUACCAAAGGCCCCACCUCCACCCCAUGGAGCUCCGCCCCCUCUGCCUCACCGUCCGCCACCCCCGCCACCCUCCAGCUACAUAAUGGGCAUGUCCACAACCAGCUCGUACAUGUCGAGUGAGGGCUAUCAAAGCCUGCAGUCCUUGAUGAAGACAGACGCACCAUCCUACCCCCAUUUGCCACCCUCUUACGCAAUGCCUUACCACCCACAUGUUUACCCGCCUCCAAGUGCCCCUCCUCCAGGCCCACCACCACCUGCAUCUUAUCCUCCUCCCAAUCUUCCUCCACCCACUCCAUCCUACCCACCGCCAGGCUACAACCACAGCUACCCGCCGCCUCCACCGCGCAUGCCACCCCCGGGCAUGGCUUUACCUGCUGGGUAUCCGCCUCCACCAGUCCCUCCAGGGCAGCCCCAAGUGCCCAUGCCACCCGUCAUGCCACCGGUGGCAAGCAUGAACCGUGGAGCCUGGAUGAGAUGAAUGUCCUAGGCGAUAUGGAUAGAUGGGCGCGUGUCUAGUUCUAAAUAACAUUUUUCCGAACUUUGUGUUGUCUCAGGAAGAUAGAUCAGAACAAUCUUUUCACCCUGUUGUCAGUUUGACCUUUAAGUAGACAUAAAUGCAUGGUCAAGUUUUUGUAUACAUUUUGUCUAGACUCACUUGUAAGCAUCUUUGUAUGGCCAUAGAUUAAAUUAACUGUCGUCGUAGUCUAGAAGACUGGCAUCUCGUUCUAGGUGUGUCCCUGCCACGCCCUCCAGGAUAGGUUCUGAAUCCACUGUGAUCCAGAUCAUACUAAUGCGAUUACUGAAGAUGAAUGAAUGGUCUGUAAAAUUGGUAUUAGAUGAGCCUUAAACGGCAGCUUCAGCAGUCCCCCAGAGUGCAGUGUGUGUACUUAGAUCGAUGUGUAUCAAUAGGAUAUCAGCUGACCGCAUCAGAACCUGACCAAGAUUGUGAUUAUUUCAUUGAAGAAAAAAAAAACCUGUUUCUUGUUCAGAAUCACACAUCCAUUCCAUACAACAAUAUGAAAAUUGUUUGGACCUUUUUUGAGAACUUUUUAAGAACGUCUUCUUUUUGACACCCUUUUGUGCCUGUUUUGCGAUAACAUUAGCUACAGUCGAAUGUGAGCGAAUUCUCAGAUGCAUCCACAGAACCACUGACGCAGUACGAGCGAACAUUUUAUGUAAAUACAUUUCAUGACUUCGAUCUUGACUAGAAACAUUUUAGUUAAUGAAUCUGCAAUGCAUGUACAUAUACAGCAGCUUUGGGAAUUAUUUUGCAUUUGGUGUAAUAAAAGUCCUUUUCCUCCACAAAUUAUUGGGGUUAUUAUUAUUUCCACUCUGUGCUGCUGUGGCACAUCGGGCAUCAUUUAUCAACACGCUUUGGAAGGCUGUUUUUUCUUUGUAUUCGCAUGUGUAUGCUGAUAAAUGGGAAUCAAAUGUAAAUUCCCGGAUGGCACAGCUGAGUUGCCAUCAGUGACAUCCUUAAACUCCAAAAAAAAAAAAAAAAAAAAAAAAGGGCAAAGCUCACAGAGCAGAAAAUAUCCAAAAUGACUACUAAACAGCUGAAAAGAAAGUAGUAGUAGUAGUAGUCUUUUUCAUACCGGUCUGUAAAUACCUGUUCCCUCAUACGUGUAACAUGUGCUAACUCUUCCAGUAAUUUCACUCUGCACAGACCGGCCCCACCAUCCUAUUAGACGCCAGUGUUUCUUCUUAAUUGAAUGACUAGAGUCUUAUUUGUCCUAAAAUGGAUUUGAGUUGGCUUGCAGUCUUUAUUUUUUUUAUAUUUAAGUGAUUUAAACUUAAGCAUAAUCCAUAUAUGUAAAUGCAGUAACUCCUUUUCAAAUUAUACCCUGAUCAGCCGUAACUUUAAAACCACUGACAGUUGAAGUAAAUAACACUGAUUUAUCUCUUUACAAUGGCACCUGUCAAGGGGUGGGAUUAUAUUAGGCAGCAAGUGAGCAGUCAGCUCUCGAAGUCGAUGUGUUGGAAGCAGGAAAAACAGGCAAGCGUAAAAAUCUGAGCAACUUUGACAAGGGCCAAAUUGUGAUUGCUAGAUGACUGGGUCAGAGCAUCUCCAAAACAGCAGGUCUUGUGGGGUGUUCCCAGUAUGCAGUGGUUAGUACCUACCAAAAGUGACCCAAGGAAGGAUACCCAAGGCUACUGAAGCACAAGUUACUGAAAAAGCUAAUGUUCGCUAUGACAGAAAGGUGUCAGAACAGAGCUUGCUGCGUAUGGGGCUGUGUAGCUGCAGACUGGUCAGGGUGCCCAUGCUGACCCCUUUUCACCACCGAAAGCUCCUACAAUGGGCAUGUGAGUGUCAGAACUGGACCAUGGAGCAAUAAAUCCAUUUGUAUCGGGUUUGAUAAAUGAGGACCAAUGUCAAACACUUCUGCAACUGGAACAUACAUGCAGACAUUAAAAGUGACCAAAAUGCUUAUGCUACUGCAUAGAAAAAUAUGACCAGAGUAUGCUGACAUGGAUAACUACACAACACAUGACCACAUAACACCUGGAUCUCAGAAAAUGUGAAAGGCUUGUCCAGGGCUAAUAGCUAAGGUUGGGUCGUCGUCGUCAUCCAUAGGGGAUGGGGUUAAGUUCAAGUAUCUUAGGAAUUAUAAACCUGAUGGAGCUCAAGUUUGGUAUACUGUUGUGAUAAUCUGUAAAUG